AUGAACUUCUUCAAAUUGUUAGGAUUGUUAUCCUUAGUUCAUUUAUCAUCAGCUUUACAUUUCUAUUUGAACACUGGAGAAUCAAGAUGUUUCUUUGAAGAAUUACCAAGAGAUACUUUGGUUGUUGCUAAGAUUGAAGCUUUAGAAUAUAACGAACACUCCAACGAUUAUUAUAAGAAUCCAAAUUUAAGAUUAGAAUUCAUCGUUGAAGAAACUUUCGAUAAUGAUCAUAGAGUUGUUAAUCAAAAAGCUUCAGCCAGUGGGGAUUUACCAUUCACUUCAUUGGAUCAAGGUGAACAUAAAUUCUGUGUUAAACCAAUCUACUUAGAUGGUACUUCUCAUAAAAAGCAUAGAAUAUUUUUCGAUUUAGCUAUUGGAUCAGCUCAUGAUUAUAUUGAUUCCAAAUCUACUAAUCAAGUUGACUCAUUAACUGCUAGAAUCAGAAACUUAAACAAAAAGUUAGAAACAAUUAAUUUCGAACAAGAACAAAUCAGAGAAAGAGAAGCUACUUUCAGAAACCAAUCGGAAUUAACCAAUUCAAGAGUUAUCAGAUGGACUAUCAUUCAAUUGUUAGUUUUAAUUGGUACUUGUUAUUACCAAUUGAAUCACUUGAAGUCUUUCUUUGUCAAACAAAAGAUUGUAUAG